AUGACGGGACACUACCUCUUCGAGACGACAGACUCAGUGAUCGAGAUCCUCUGGGACGUCGCUCUCGCCUUCUUCAUCGUUCGCAUCGCCUGGGCCUACUUCCUUCUUACCUUCGCGACCGGCACUCUCCUCUCUUGGGUUGUCUGCAAAUACGAGGAACACCUGCUGCCCGUCUCCAGGCAGCACCUCUCUACUCCAGAGACGGAGCUCAUGCUCGUACCUCUGCAGGCACUUGUCGGUAUAAUAUGGGCGCGCUACGUCGUCGUUUCCUAUGAGAUACCGCGCGUUGCGUGGUUCAGGCUGGCCAUCGGUGGGCUGGCGGCAUUCUUCAUGAUUACGUCCGAGGCGCUGCUCGGCUUCCUACUGUACGAGGAGGGCUAUGGCGACUGGAUUUGGGAGACUGAUGGCAAGGCGUGGCUUGCAUUUGUUGGUUUGCUGGGGGCUUUUGCGCUGAUGCCUACGGCCAUGAUGGGAUUCGAGAGGAAGACUGCGGAUGAAGGGGAGAGGGAAACGGCAACGUCAGGGAGUAAGACACUAGGACUUGAGGGCAAAAGUUUGAAUGAAGCUGUACCUGCUGUCAGUAUCGCUUCAAAAGAAGAGCCGAAUAAGCAAGACAAUGUUAGAACAUCCAGGAUCUAG